CAGCUGACCAAUCAAAGCUGAAGGGUAUCGUCCCUCAUUGUCCUCAGAAGAGGCAUAUGUAGUAGGUAGGAGGCCUGGGGUAGACCCCUGGAAAGCUUCAAUAUGGCUAAGGUAACCAGGAAACUACCACAGCCCAAUCCAGUUAGGGAGCAACUAACUAUGAGUUUCAGUGAGAGGAGAAAGAUGAAGACUCCCUUUGAGCCCAGGACCAGAGGUGGUGGCAAGGUCCUGAAGCCAACACUGAAGGCAAAAAGACCCCUUCACAGGAGUUUGAGCAAAAGAAUUCCAGAAAAAUCUGCCAACUCUGUGAGAAAUGCUAAGAAAACUAGAAUAAUAACACUAUUCGGUCACUAUCACAGACUGAAUGAGAUGCUGAAUCAAAAUGAGCAAGAGCGAGAGCAAGACCAGGACCAGGACCAGGACCAGGACCAGGACCAGGACCAGGACCAAUACCAAUACCAAUACCAAGAGAAUGUGGAGAAGUCCACCACCUCAAGUGAUGACCUGGGCAGCCAGUAACUCCAGACUGAGGCCAGAGACUUCAGUAAUAUCUGCUAAGUCUCUGGGGGUCUGGUGGCUGAGAAAUGGCCAGUUGUGUAGACAUUGCAUUUUACAGCAACAGGGUACUGAUGGUACCUGAAAUAAAGUCAGCCUGUUGCAGAAA